AUGCGAUCCUCAAUCUCUUGGGGCCUCCUCCUGCUGGCAGGCCUGUGCUGCUUGGCUCCCAGCUCCCUGAUCAAGAGCCUCCCUGGAGUCAAUGCCCAGGAAACAGAUGUGACCAAACAUGGUCAUGACCAGCACCAGACAGCAGCCUAUCACAAGAUCGCCCCACACCUGGUCGACUUCGCCUUCAGACUGUACCGUGAGGUGGCCCAUCAGUCCAACACCACCAACAUCUUCUUCUCCCCGGUGAGCAUUUCUAUAGCCUUAGCCCUGCUUUCCACUGGGGCCAAGUCUGAAACCCACACCCAGAUCCUCGAAGGCCUGCAGUUCAAUCUCACGGAGAUAACUGAGAGCGAGAUUCAUGACGGCUUCCAACACCUCCUCCACACCCUCAAUCAGUCCAACAGCCAGGUCCAGCUGACCACAGGCAAUGGGCUGUUCAUCCAAGAGAAUCUGCAGCUAGAGAAGAAGUUUUUGGAGGAUGCUAAGAAACUGUAUUACUCAGAAGCCUUCUCUGUUAAUUUCAUGAACACUGAAGCAACCAAGAAGCAGAUCAAUACUUAUGUGGAGCAGGGAACCCAGGGGAAAAUUGUAGACUUGGUUAAAGAACUUGACCAAGAAACAGUUCUUGCUCUGGUGAAUUACAUUUUCUUUAAAGGCAAAUGGGAGAAGCCCUUCAAAGAAGAGCACACUCAAAAUGAGAGCUUCUAUGUGGAUAAGGAGACCACAGUCACAGUGCCCAUGAUGAUUCGCCAGGGCAUGUUUGACUUCUACACAUCCGAGGAGCUGUCCAGUACGGUGCUCUUCAUGAACUAUGUGGGCAAUGCCACAGCCAUAUUCAUCCUGCCCAAUCCAGGGAAGAUGCAGCAACUGGAGGACGCACUCAGUGAAGAGCUCCUCUCCACAUGGAUGAAACAGAAAUACCCACGGUCUGUUAAGCUCCACUUUCCCAAACUGUCCAUUUCUGGGAACUAUGAUCUGAAAGACCUCCUGGGAAAACUAGGCGUGACCAAUGUCUUCAGCUCUGCGGCUGACCUCUCAGGGAUCACAAAGACAGCACCCCUGAAGGUGUCAAAGGCAGUGCAUCAGGCUGUGCUGACUAUUGAUGAAAAAGGAACAGAAGCUGCUGGGGCCACUGGUUUGGAAUUCACGUUCUUUUCUUUGCCCAUCAAUGUUAAAUUCAACAGACCCUUCUUAGUCGUCAUCUAUAAGGAGAACAUCAAGAAUCUCAUCUUCCUGGGAAGGGUGACAGACCCCUCACAGACAUAA